AGACGCAGCAUUUGCCACAAUUCCUCUAGAGAAGAUGCUCUGGUAGAUCGCAAGAUGGCAGCCCAGAGGAUCCGUGCUGCUAAUUCCGGUGGACUCCCACGAUGCAAGUCUGAGGGGACGCUAAUUGAUCUGAGUGAAGAAUUUUCAGAAACCAGCUUCAGUUCUGUCAAAGUGCCUUCUCCUAGUGCCUUGAUGGGAGACAAUCCUACGUCAUUUGGGAAUGCAAAGGAAGUUGUAGCAAUUAAAGACUACUGCCCCAAUAACUUCACAACCUUGAAGUUCUCCAAGGGUGAUCACCUCUAUGUCUUAGAUACCUCAGGAGGUGAGUGGUGGUAUGCCCACAAUACCACAGAGAUGGGCUACAUCCCAUCUUCGUAUGUUCAGCCUGUAAACAACCGGAACUCUUCGUUGGCAGACAGUGGAAUGAUAGACAAUCUCCUUGAAAUCUCUGACGAGGGAGCCAGGGAACUUGAUCUACUUGGAGACUGGACAGACAUCAAGUGGAGCUUAGCAAAAAACAACCCUUUCUUGAAUAAUGUCCAGACUAACCCUUUUAUGAAUGGGAAUUUACAGAUAGCUCCUGACAGGACCAAGGAGCAUUCUCCCCAAUCCACGGUGUUGCUCUUCGAUACAGGGCUGCCUACGUUUACAGGGUCCAGUUCUGCCACUAACAGCAGUGUAGGCAACCAUCUUGACGAGGUCCCUUCAAUGAACGGGUUUGAAUUUGAACAGCCAAGCAGGCGGGACAACCCUUUUUUCAGAAGCAAGCGGUCAUACAGUUUGUCAGAACUCUCAGUACUACAAGCAAAAUCAGAAAAUUCAGACUCAUCGAACUUCUUCACUGGGUUGAAAUCUCCUACUCCUGAGCAAUUCCAAAGCAGGGAAGAUUUUAGAACUGCAUGGUUAAACCAUCGGAAGCUGACAAGAUCUUGCCAUAACUUGGAUCUCCUAGGCCAGAACCUUGGUUGGGGUCAGACACAACCUGUGGAGACGAAUAUAGUUUGCAAGCUUGAUAGCUCCGGGGGAGCAGUCCAGCUUCCAGACACUAAUAUUAAUAUUCAAGUUCCAGAGGGACAUGUCGCCAUUGGGGAUACUCAACAGAUCUCCAUGAAAGCUCUGUUGGAUCCACCUUUGGAGCUCAACUGUGACAAAUGCAGUACCAUAAGUCCUGUACUAGAGAUUAAGCUAAGCAACAUGGAAGUCAGAACUUCGAUUGUACUGGAAAUGAAAGUGUCAGCAGAAGUUAAGAACGAUUCAGUGAGCAAGAGUUUAGUAGGAGUGCAGAGCUUGCGGAGCGACAUGAAGGAUGGCCCCUAUACGCCAGUGCGACUAAGCUAUUGCUAUGGAGACACAAUACAGGUUCAACUGGAGAACCUGGAGCCUUGUAUGUAUAUAGCAGUCGUAGCCCAAGGGCAGAAUAUUUUGUAUCCUUUCACAGUUUGGGAUUACAUCAGUAAAAAAAUCACGGUUGGAGUCUACGGUCCAAAGCAUAUCCAUCCUUCUUUCAAAACGGUGGUUGCCAUCUUUGGACAUGAUUGCGCCCCGAAGACACUCUUGGUGACCGAAGUGACGCGGCAGGUGCACUCCACAGGACCUGUGGCCCUGCAGUUGUGGGGCAAGCACCAGUUCACCCUCGCGAGGCCACAAGACCUAAAGAUUUGCAUGUUUUCAAACAUGACUAAUUACGAGGUGAGAGCCAGCGAGCAGGCCAAAAUGGUAAGAGGUUUCCAAAUGAAGCUCGGGAAAGUCAGCCGCCUCAUCUUUCCCAUCAUGUCACAUGACCCCAACGAGCUGUCUGAUUUUACAUUGCGAAUACAAGUCAAGGACGACAAGAAUAACCUUCUGACUCAGUUCUGUGUCCAAACGCCGCAGCCGCCUCCAAAAAGUACAGUCAGGACCACUGGACAAAGGAGAUUCCUGAAGAAGAAUGAGGUGGGGAAAAUAAUAUUGUCUCCUCUUGCAGCCUCCAGCAAAUAUCCGGUCUUCCAGGAUCGGCCAGUGACAAGCUUAAAAUAUGGGAAGCUGCUAAAAACGGUAGUGCGGCAAAGCAAGAACCAUUAUCUCUUGGAAUAUAAGAAAGGGGAUGUCAUCGGUUUGCUAAGCGAAGAGAAAAUCAGACUGAAAGGUCAGCUCUGGACAAAGGAAUGGUAUAUUGGUUACUAUCAGGGUAAAGUCGGCCUUGUCCAUACCAAAAAUGUUUUAGUUGUUGGAAAAACAAAGCCAAAUAAUUUCUGUGGACCUGAGCUUACCACUAGUAUGUUGCUUGAUCAGAUCUUGAGGCCUUGUAAGUUCCUCACCUACAUUUAUGCUUCAGUAAGGACUUUGUUGAUGGAAAACAUUAGCAGCUGGCGCUCCUUUGCAGAUGCCUUGGGGUAUGGCAACUUGCCACUGACUUUUUUCUGCCGGGCGGAACUGGACAGUGAGCCAGAGUGUGUGGCUUCUGUGCUGGAGAAACUGAAAGAAGACUGUAAUAAUUCGGACAAUAAGGAUAGGAAAUCUUUUCAGAAGGAACUGAUGUCAGCCUUGCUGAAAAUGGACUGCCAGGGCUUGGUGGUCAGAUUAAUUCAGGAUUUUGUGCUUCUGACUACGGCUGUAGAAGUGGCCCAGCGCUGGAGGGAGCUUGCUGAGAAAUUGGCCAAGGUUUCCAAGCAACAGAUGGAUGCCUAUGAAGCCCCCCAUCGAGACAAGAAUGGUGCUGUGGAUAGUGAGGCAAUGUGGAAACCCGCCUAUGACUUCAUGCUAACGUGGAGCAACCAGCUGGGAGACAGCUACCGUGACGUUACUCAGGAGCUCCACACGGGUCUGGAUAAAAUGAAGAAUCCAAUCACGAAGCGCUGGAAGCAUCUCACAGGGACCCUAAUCUUAGUCAACACCUUGGAUAUACUACGGGCAGCUGCCUUUAGUCCUCAAGAAAGCGAGGACUGGGCCAUUUGAUGGGG